AGCAGAUAAUAUCUUACUUAAUAAGUUACCACGGUUGAUUCCACUGUCGGACCCCCAAGGGUGUUUAUGUCAUGAACACUGAUACCCUGUGACUUGAGCCUAUGUCCCAUGUGACGGCCUUUCUUUUGUAAGAUGACCACAACUGAACUCUCUAGAAUUUGGUUGGCUUCUGGGUGCCGGGUCACCAUCCACAUCCUGGUCAUUAUUGUCGCGUAGCGUCAAGUGUUCACCAAAUUUAACCACAUUUUAUGCAGCUUCAUGGUUAAGUAAAUGAAAUGAUUCUCAACAAUACAGCCGUGGUAGAUUGGAUACAGAGUGUGUAGUUAGACCCGCUGUGCUGUCCUUGGGGCAAAACAGCGCUAAGGCCAAGAGAUGGAGCAGCUCACAUGAUUGUGCUGUGACUGUCUUCUGAGGCCAUGGGUGUGUUAAAUGAUGAGAGCCUGAGCGUCUCACUGCUCUCAUUGUCCUCCAUGUAAGGCUGAUGAGAAGGACCAGUCCUGAGCUUCUCCACCCGGACAGGCUCUGGCCACUGAUCUGGAGGACGCACUUCUUCUCGAUGUGGAGCCGAGUCGAGAAAAAUGGGAAGCUGAAAAUUAGGCUGCGAUUAAGGUCCUCUUUCUAAGGAAUCUCGUCAGAGCGUCUACAUGGACAGUGGCAUUGCAGAGUUAAAGAAAACCAGAGUUCACACAUACCAGACGAGACUCGCUGCUGGAAUCCACCACCACACCACUGUUUGAAGAACGGAGGAAGCUGUUUUAACAACCGUCUGGAUUACCUGCCGUUGUGAACACCUGUUAGCCAUUGACUCUGUUCCUAACAGAUGGGUUCGGCCUUGAGGUUCUGCAUGCAGUUCUGCUGCUGCUGCUGCUGCACCGCUGACGAAGAAGAUGAAGAUGAGAAGCAGCCUUUAGUACCUCAGGAUCCGUUGGAGUACUUUAACCGUGAAGUCCAGAAGCGUCGCGAUGAGGAGACCAACCUGUGGAGUACGCCAGGAGACGCCAGCCACUCGGAGAGAGAGGACGACCGGGUCCUUUACAGCCUUUUGCAGGCCAGGAACAAGACCCGCAUGGGAUCCACGGGCUAUCGCCGUCUGAGUGUUGACAUCGAGGCCAUGAGAGAUACCCGUCGAGAAGUCAGAGACAAAUGGAAGACAGUCCUGGAGAACUUAGGUUUCAUGGCGGAGGCAGAGUCGUUGCUAACAGUGUCUGCUGGAGCCUCAUAUGACCGCAUGCGUAAUGCCGCGAAAGCACGAGCCAUGCUUAAUGCGCUCCACUCUGACACGUCCAUCUUCAGCUCCAGAGAACCACCGCCAGAGAGAUAUCUGUUCAUUCUGGAUCGUCUCCUGUACCUCGACAUAGCUGACGACUUUCUGGCAAAGGCAAAGCGCUUCUAUCCUCCAAAGGAAGACUCUGACGAGGACACCUCGGGCCUCGGCAUAAACCUGCCGCUGCUGCUGGCCAGAGUGGAGGCCAUGAACGGAGGGGGCAACGAGGAAGACGACGAGGAAGAAAGCGAAAGAGAAGAUGGAAACUUGAGUGACAGAGCCUGAGAUCCACCGGCUGCAAUAAUAACAGACAGAAGGCAGGGGGCAGUAGUCAUCAGCCCUGGAGACAUGGAUGACAGCAUUGCUUAACUUUAAGUGUCUGUUGUCUCAUAAAAUGUCCCUACUGCUUCUCGGAAGUUUUAAGCUGCACAAGUUUUCUCUUUUCUCCCCCCAAGUGCACAGCUUGAGUCUUACUCUGUUUUCUGUGGUCAAAAAUCUAAAAGGGUUUAGCAUAUUUUCAGGUAAAUGUUCCAGGGGUCUUUACUGUCUGAGUCUUUUUUUUUUUUCCUGUCUACCAGAGUUUUAUCGAGUUCUGACCCUGUUCAUUGUUCAGCUGAACCUUCAGGGUAGCGAUGUUCCUUUGAGCAGAGCCUCUUUAUAUUUUGUCCUAUGAUUAUCAGCACUCAUUUCAUUCACAUCACAUGAUAGGAGACGUCACUGAAUAAAUAGCCCAGUAAUCUGAUGUCAGAUUUUUGACAAAUAAAGCGUGUGUUUAUAUGACUUUUAAUUUUUAAAGUCUACAUUUGGCUUCAACCAUCUUGGAA